GAAAAAAGAGACCGAAAAUCCAUUGCGCCCCAAGCGAAACAUUGAAAACCUCCUCCCUCUAUGUUCAAUACGCCACAUGUGCGUACUGGUGAAGGAUUUUACGCUUCCUGAACGGCUGAUUGAGCUGGUUGAAGUUGCUGAUGCUGCUUUGCACCCCAAAACCGCUAUCAAAAAGGGAGACCGAGGAUUUGGCAUAUAGUUACAUUGAAUCUUCACAGCAAACAGAAGCAACAACCUAAUCUUAUUUAUGAAAACCGCGUUCUCAAAAUAAACCGGCAUCUUCGCUUGUAGCCUACUGCGGCUCGCAUCCUGCCACACUCUCCCUUCCAGCUCCAUCUAAGCAUCCAUAUUUUUUGUGCAUCCCUGUGUGGGGGUGUAGGGAGUGGCAACCUUCUGAUAAAUCAACCGAUCCGCGGACCCCUCUCCUCUAGGAAAAAAAUAAGUUCGCCGGUUUUUGGACACGUUUAUGCGUAAAUUGGACAUAAAAAGCUAAAAUGGAGAGGUAUUGCCACCAUUCCGACUUCUAGUGCCUUAAACCGAAAGCCUUCAUCCCUGCACUUCUCCCUGUACAUGAUGAACAUGCUGAAGUCCAGUGGACUGAAGAUCCCUGGCAGGGGCCCAAAGCACUCCCCUGGCCCUGUGGGACGAACCUCUACUGGGGGGUCCGCUUCCGGCACUGUGGGCCAGAAAGACAACUCCCCACACAAGCAGAUCUCCCCACUCCCCAGCAGCAAUGCCUCAGACAAGUCAAGCUCCAAGACAUCCGAAGUGGGGGACGACGUCCUUGGGGACUACGUGGUUGGCGAACGUGUCUGGGUCAACGGGGUCAAACCGGGCGUCAUUGCCUACCUGGGAGAGACACAGUUCGCCCCAGGACAGUGGGCUGGGGUGGUCCUCAACGACCUGUUGGGCAAAAACGAUGGCUCUGUGGGCGGCGUGCGCUACUUUGAGUGCCAGCCCCACCAGGGCAUUUUCACGCGCCCCUCCAAGCUCACCCGGCAACCGGUGGGCGACGGAAGCGAAGGCCACUCCACUGAUUCGCUGACAGCUCAGAACCUGACGCUCCAUGGUGGCAAUGGUGCUUCGCCUGCUGGUCAGCGUGUGGUCAUGCCACUCAGGGAGGGCAUGCUCAACAGCUCUGUGAAGACGGGUAACGAGUCAGGUUCCAACAUGUCCGACAGCGGCUCGGUCAAGAAAGGUGGGGAUAAGGACCUUCGAGUGGGAGACCGUGUGCUGGUGGGGGGCACUAAGACAGGAGUGGUGCGCUACGUGGGGGAGACUGACUUUGCCAAGGGUGAGUGGUGCGGCGUGGAGUUGGACGAGCCCCUCGGGAAGAACGACGGUGCAGUGGCUGGAACCAGGUACUUCCAGUGCCCGCCUAGGUUUGGCCUGUUCGCACCCAUCCACAAGGUGAUCCGCAUUGGCUUCCCCUCCACCAGCCCGGCCAAGGCCAAGAAGAGCAAGCGGAUGGCUAUGGGGGUGUCGUCGCUGGCCCACAGCCCCAGCAGCUCAUCCAUCAGCUCUGUUAGCUCUGUGGCUUCCUCGGUGGGCGGGCGGCCCAGCCGCACUGGCCUGCUCACGGAGACGUCGUCGCGCUACGCCCGCAAGAUCUCUGGCACCACUGCGCUGCAGGAGGCACUGAAGGAGAAACAGCAGCACAUCGAGCAGCUGCUGGCCGAGAGGGACCUGGAGCGGGCCGAGGUGGCCAAGGCCACCAGCCACAUCUGUGAGGUAGAGAAGGAGCUCAGCGCCCUCAAGGCCCAGCACCUGCAGUAUGUCACAGAGACGGAGAGCAACCUCCAGCAAGUCAAAACUCUGUUGGCCAGCAAUCAAAAGGACAAAGUAGAGCUAGCCAAUCAGCUGGAAGAAGAGAAAAGGAAAGUGGAAGACCUUCAGUUCAGAGUGGAGGAGGAGUCCAUCACCAAAGGAGACCUUGAGACUCAGACGAAAUUGGAGCAUGCCCGUAUUCGGCAGCUUGAGCAGAAUCUGUUCCUCGAAAAGUCGAGAGCAGAAAAGCUUCACAAAGAAUUAGAGGUGAAGCGGCAAAGCACGGUUGAGGAGAAGAGCCGCGUAAUGCAGCUGGAGGAGGAGCUGUCCCUGCGGCGGGCUGAGAUCGAGGAGCUCCAGGUCCAGCUCCGGGACCCAGACUCCCACCCCAACAAGGCCGAGGACGGGUACUCCACCCAGGGGCCGGUGGCCCAGUCGGAGACGUUCCUGCUCCGGGAGCAGCUCCUGACGGCAGGUCGUGAGCACCACAAGGACAGCAGCCAGCUGAGGGAGAAGUACGAGGCGGCAGUGGCGGCGGGCCAGGAGGAGACAGACAGACUGAAAGCCACGGUGGACAAACAGAGCCAAGAGAUCAUCGAGCUGAAGCAGAGAGUCCAGCAGGCCACCACAGAGAACAUGGAGAUGAUGGACAACUGGAAGGUCAAGCUGGACACCCUGGUCAAUGACCACCAGCACUCUCUGGAGGACCUGAAGACCUCGCUGUCCAGCCAGAACGGCUCGGCCGAGGGCCAAGAGCAGGACCCUCAGGAGCUGAGGACCACCCUGGAGAGCCUGCGCAUGGAGCACCAGCUGGAGCUGGAGAACCUCAAGGCCAGGCACGAGAUCGAGGCGGCUGUGCUGGCCAAGGAACGUGAGGAUCUGCGCUACCGCCUGCAAGACGCCAAGGACCAGCUGGGCGAGAGCAGCCAGAACGGGAAGAACCAGGCCCAGACGGAGGCCAGGAACAACCAGCUGACCCUGGAGUUGAGAGAGGCCCGGGAGGAGCUCCAGAAGGCCCAGCUGAGGGUGGGCGAGGUGGAGAGGCUGCAGGAAGAGCAGGACGGGGCCCAGGAUGAGCUCCGGGAGCGCCUUGAGCUGGCUGAGAAGAAGAUGGUGGACUAUGAGGCCCUGCAGAAGGCUGAGGCCCAUAGCCGGGCCGAGCUCCACAGCCUGCAGGAGAAGCUGAGGGUGACUGAGAACCGACUGCAGGCGGUGCAGGAUGACCACCACAUGCCACAGGACGCCAAUGUUAUAGAAAGUAAUGACAUUUCGGAGGAGAAGAUUAAGCUAAAACAGAAUGUUGAAGAAACUAUGGAGAAUCUGACCAAAAGAGAAAAAGAGGUCUCCACUCUCACGUCCCAGGUUGAUGCCCUCAAAUCACAGAUAACUGCCUUGGAGGGCAAAGUUCGCUCAGGUGAGAAGAAGGCCGACACCCUGGUCAAGGAGAAGAUGCGCCUGGAGGCCGACCUCGAGUCCAUGACCAAGAAGUCCCAUGAUGCAUCGGGACAGCUGGUCGUCAUUAGCCAGGAGUUACUGAAGAAGGAGAGGAGUCUGAACGAGCUGAGGGUGUUACUGCUGGACUCCCCUCGCCACUCGCCUGGCCUGGACCGAGACCUGAGCCGAGAGGUGCACAAGGCAGAGUGGAGGAUGAAGGAGCAGAAACUCCAGGAUGACAUCAAGACCCUGAGAGACAAACUGCUCCUGCUGGGCAGGGAGAGGGGCUCGUCCCCAGACCACCGCCGCUACUCUAUGCUGGACCCGUCGGCCCUGGACUCGGAGGUGACCCGUCUGCGCCAGCGGCUCCUGAGCACCGAGGAGGCCCUGAGGGGAGCCCUGGAGCACAACCAGGAAGUGGACCAGCUGGUGCAAGCCAUGCGCACGCACCCAGACAAGACCCAGGUGCAUGGUGGUGCAAAUUCAGCCAAUGGGAUUCAUCAACAGGAUUCUUCCUUUACUCAAGAUGAACAACACUAAUAUUGGAGAAGAAGAGCCCAUCUUGAAUUGGGGAAAUGCAGAGCUACAUUUUAAAAGAAAAAUAAGUAAAUACGACGUUAAGACUUGGGACUAGCACUCCAUUGGACUCCAGACACCAUUUUCUGUUUACAGUUACUACCAAAACAAUGACUAUCUCAAUAUGUACAUUUAAUCUGUUGCAAAAAAUAAAAUCUCCCAUUAGCCAAUCUUAAAACAGAUCUAAGAUACUGUAAAAUGGACGUGAAGGUGAAUAAUUAUCGGUACGACUUUUGAAAACUGAUACCUACCCAGCAGACUACCUCCAAGGAUGGUAUUGGACAUAGGAUAACCUUUUAUGGUAGUUUAUUAGAGUUCAUGACCCUACGAUCAUGAGAAACUCUUUCGUGAAUUAUGAAUUGUGACUCCAGAGGAUGAAAUGACUCUGGUGUCUGAUUGAAAGCAAAGAAGAAGAAUUUGGCCACAAUCCACCACUUUUUGUUAUUUAUUUGCCACACUGCUUUUGAUCCUUCUUAGAGUACUGUAGCUGAUUCGAUUUGGCCAGUGACAUUCAGAACAAUUUGCUCAAGCUCCUCUAUGUUCAAGGACACUUGUUCUGUAGCGAACGUGAAUGAAACGGUUAUGCUGCUGGAUUUUGGCUGAUGUUGUGAAUAUAGCUACAUUAUCUGAACCUGUGCAUAAUGUAAACGUGUAUUUAGCCAACUGAACCAAUUCAACUCUGCACUGUAUGUGCACCAAAUAGCUAUCAGUUUAAUGGUUCACUAAUUUGAACUGAGUUAUCCAUUAAUUCCACUAUGGCUUCACUAGAUAGUGGGAAACCGCACCACUUUGUAGUGUUUGCGUAAACAGGGGUUUAAAAAAUACCAGUAUUAACUUCUUAUUGUUGAUCAUUUAUCUAAAAACAUUUGACCAUGCCUUGGGAUCACUUUGUCCUUUGAUUAGAUUAGCCCACUCAAGGGCUGUUUGGAGCACAAGCCAAACAAUGGAAUGUUCUUGGUUGUAUCCCAAAUGGCACCCUGUUCCCAAUAUAGUGCACAACCUCUGACCAGAGCCCUAUGGACCCUGGUCAAAAGUAGUGAAAUAAAGAGGGAAUAUAGUGCCAUUUAUGACGCAAACCUACUGUAUCUGCUCCCUCCCUUGGUUGGAGAACACACAUCUGGAUGACGUUUAAACAAAUCCUAAUCACAAUGUACAGAAUUGAUACAUUACGGUCUUCCAAAUGAUAUUAUCUCCAUUUAACAAGCCAACAGGGAGAUUCUAAGUGUAGUCCAUUACUGUAUUUACGGGAUAUUGGUUGAUAUUCUGGUUGCGUCUCAAAUGGCACCCUAUUCCCUAUAGAGUGCACUACUUUUGACCAGAGCCCUAUGGCUCUGGUCAAAAGUAGUGCACUCUAUAAGGAAUAUGGUGCCAUUUGAAAUGCAGACUGUUUUUGGGAGAACAUUAUCUUGAUGUGAGUAAUGUGGAAUGUAAGAUUUGGGAUUGACAUUGCAUGAACAAAGUGUUGGGCUGGCCCUCGCUCAGCGAAACUGAAGCUACAAACUGUCAUUGGAUAAUGUAUAUUGCCUUUUUUCAGAUGGGAAACACUUCAUACCCUUGAUUGCUGUAAUGAUUUCUGAGAUUCAGUCAUUAAAUAUUAACAAUGUGGGAAAA